UUUAUUUCUUUACAAAUCAGCACCCAGUGGAUCCAGCAGUGAUGUCCUCCAAGCCCAAUGGGAGCCCACCCCCCUACGAGGAGGAGAAUGGAUAUAACAUUGCUCCUUCUCAGCCAGCCUAUUCUUACUACCCUGAUGAUGAGUUCCAGCACUUCUAUCGCUGGACUUCCCCCCCGGGUGUCCUUAAAAUCAUGGCCAUCCUUGUUAUUGUAUUGUGCGUGGCUAUAUUUGUCUGUGUUGCCUCUACACUGGCAUGGGACAGUCAAGGAGCCAUGGCUGGCUUUGGGGGAAGCUACACGGGAAACUAUGGUACCUACGGUGGUACUGGCUACAGUGGCACUUUUGGUGGCGGUGCAUAUGGAGCUGGAAAUAACUAUGGCUACGGCUCACUCGGGGGAAACUACUAUGAUCCCCGGUCAGGCAAAGGGUUUAUGAUAGCAAUGGCAGUGAUGGUCGCCAUCUUCGUCCUGGCGGUCUUCAUUAUCAUCGUGUCUCACCAGAGCUUGUCAGAGAGCAGGAAAUUCUACUUGGCUGUGGUGAUAAUCUGUGCCUUCCUUGCGCUGUUGAUGCUUAUUGCCACCAUAGUGUACUUGAUGGCAGUAAACCCCAUGGCUCAGUCAUAUGGGUCAGUUUACGGCAACCAGAUUGCCGCUUUGUGUGCUCAGUACCAACAACCACAGAUGACAGGAAUGUUUACGAAUCAGUAUCUUUACCACUACUGUGUGGUGGAGCCACAGGAGGCCAUCGCUAUAGUGUUCGGUUUCCUGGUGACCGCUGCUCUGAUUAUCAUGCUUGUAUUCGCACUCAAGACUCGUCAGAAAAUUCAAAGUUUUGGAAAGAGCAACAUUUUCUGGAAAAAAGUCAAGCUUGUGGAUGAUGUUGCACCACCUCAGGAUGUGGAGGCAUGGGUGAAGAAUGUGUCUGCUGCCCCUGAAGUGGCUGUGGUUUCAGACUACCCUGAGAAGCUGAGAGGAUCCAGGAGUUUCCUGGAUGAUGAGAGCACCAGCUACGACAAACCUCCCAUCAGCUACACCCCCCAACCUGUAGUCGAUGACCAGCCUUUACAACAUGCAGCUCCCUACUUCAGCAACUCUGAGAUCGCAAGUUCAGCAGGACGUCCCAAAAAGAGACGUCCAGGACGUCCUCGCCGCACCGGUGAACAGGACUAUGACACGGAUUAUAACUCUUCUGGAGACGAGCUGGAUGACAAUGACUUUGACAGUGAAUUUCCCCCAGUAGCAAAUGAACAGGAACGCAAUGACUACAAGCGAGAGUUUGACCGGGACCACCAGGAAUACAAAGACCUGCAGGCGGAGCUAGAUGCCAUAAACAAGAACCUGUCAGAACUGGACAACGAGCUGGAUCAGCUGGAGGAGGGAAGUCCACAGUACCUGGAUGCUCUGGACGAGUACAGUAGGUUAAAGGACUUUAAAAAGUCAUCAGAUUAUCAGGUGAAGAAACGGAGAUGCAAAUAUCUGAAGCAAAAACUGAACCACAUCAAGAAGAUGGUCAGUGAUUAUGACCGCAUGGCCUGAACAGGCGCCACAACCAUGUCUGUCCUGUGGAGGACAGAAGUGACUCUGACAAAUCAGAACUGCCAUCACGAUUAUAAUCCAUGCUGGUUGUCUUUUACCAACACAUAAACAAACCUUUUAUCUUGUAUUAUACCACUUUCAUGAUUUUUUAUAUUUCUUUUUUUUUGCCUGUGAGAUCUAAACACAGUCUAGAGUUCUGCAAAUGACUGUGGAUAAAUAGGGAUAGGUAUUUCCUAGUUUGUAACUGUUUUCUAUUAAUGUAAAUUCGUCUUCAUUUGUUUUUCUUUUACUGUGAUGUAAACAUUAAAACAUGGUUGGUGCAUUUUUGCCGUUUAUUGUUUAUAGAAUAGACUAACAUGAUUCUACUGGUUUUAUGCAUUUUGAUCAUUUCUGGCAACAAUUUGUGCUGUGUUUUUAUUGUAAUAAAAUCAUUUUUCAACUUUUCAA